CAGGAUGUCGUGUUUUAAGAUUUAGGACCAAAUCUUCUCCGGUGAACGUCUUUUAUCGGACCUGGAUCCAUCGGCCGAAGUGCUCAGGUAAAGUCUUCGUAACAGUUGCUUCCAGAUGCACGAAUGGAUAUGAAUGAAGAGAUAAACCAAGGGAGUGAAAAACGAAAAAAUGAUUGGUACUCAACAUCAGAAGGGUGUUGAGGGCCCACUGGUAGGUGACUGGUGGUUCCGCCGAGUUAGCUUUGGUACUGUACGUGGACCAUGCAAACCACCCAUUCACAGCGAAUCAAGGAUAGAGCGAUGUAUGUUGCCUCCUGUCUAAUCUGGCUCGGCUACUUAUACACUUUCCACAUUACAUCUCUCUUCCACCUCGACGUCUCUUACGGUAGCGACAGCAUACCCCAACAGCAAGUACAUUGAUAUGCCGACGUUUACAAAGCAAUGAAUCACAGGCAUACUCAACGGCCAGUCAUCCUUUUUUCUUUGACAUUCCAGGCCUCAUCCUCAUUUACCCUGAACAAAGUUGAAGAGAUCCAAUGGAGCUAUGGGAGACGCAUCCUCGUUGAAGUCAGAGUUUCGGAACCAAUUGCUCCUAAGACAAGGGACUAACUUAAGCCACUCGAAAACAGUGUCUCCAGUCGCACCAUCAUGGUUGACAGUUCUUCUCCAAGGAAACAAGGACUCUCUUUCAGAGUCGCUCUCAUGACUAUGUCAGUUUGCUAAGGGCUGUGCAGGUGGGCCACAGGCCUUUCCUCGAGGACACGACUCGAUCACCCAUGAAAGGAAAUCGUUCAAGUGAGGAGACUGCCAACAACGGAGCAGGCAGUAGUCUCAUGGAUCUGGCCUUGGAGUCUACCCACCUCUGCUUUGAUCUUCACGUCUUUUUGCCCCUUCCCUUUUGUCAUUCAACCACCGAGUCCUACCUCAUGCUGCUCAGUGAAGGCUCUCAAUACUUCCACGAGGGCGGUUUGAUGAGGCAACCAGCAACAAGAACGAGACCUCCCUCCAGUAUGCUCUAGAAAGGUACGAAGACGACAACAUCCCGGCAGGCUAGGGAAGCAGCACCUGUGACGGGAGAACGGAAGGCAGGUGGAAGAAGGAUACCAUGCCUGCGCCUGCCGCAACCAUAUGACUCAUACCUUCCUCCGAGCUUAAGCACCACUUGCAUCUGAGCAUGCAGUUCAUCGUGCCCAAUGGUAAGCUCGAAGGAUCCUUGGCCAUAAUUGCUCUUGCAGAAGCGCACUCGCACAGUACAUUGCUCCCACACCGCUGCUACCCCCAGGAUGCUUGCUUCACUAGCACUUCAUUCACAAACUGCGCUUCUGGUUCUCUGCCCUUUCCUCCUCUUCCAACGGAAGGUUGCUACUAUCUUUCGACGACAACUGCAGCUGCAAGAAUCCACAAGGCCCUACAGCAGGGUGGUCGGGAAUGACUGCCUGACUCAUGAGUCUCUCAACGAGAAGCCCCAAGGUAGUUUGUGAGGCACAAGAUGUACUUCCACUGUCAAUAAAGGAGACAUUACUCAACACAACGCAAGAUUUUUGUGAAGGUGCACACAUUGGCAUUGCGUCGACAUACAAUCCCACUGCCACUUGGGGUGUGGCAUAUCUCCGGUGAAGGGUCGAAACAGUCAUAGACCACUCGGUAUGGGUUGCGGAUCUCAAUUGGAAGCAAUACGAGCCAACGGCUUUGAACAGCACGAAUGAGACAGGCUGCAAAAUCUUUGCACUGGUUAGCAGCGAUUUUCUGUUGUCUCGCUCGUGCAGCAAAAGGUCCCAUGAGCCAAGCGCGGCAGCCACGAGGUUCUAUCCCUGCCGUGCCCUGUCCAUCAUCAAGAGCUGCAGAGCUCCGGAAGUGGCCACUUCUGCUCGAUGUUAUGGGAUCGAGGCUACAAUGCGAGCCUAUGCAAGCGCUUUCGACGAUGGAAAUCAUGGCGUUGGAGAAAAUGCUCACAUCGACAAGGGCCAUCUUCCGAGUUAGGUCGCCAGGGUGGCAGACACUCGCUUACCGCAAGUAUGCUUCACUGCCACUAGAAAGGGUGGCUGGACGAGGCUGGACCAAGUUGAAUAUAAUAGGGGGUUCCGGCGUUCCUAUUGCGGAGCACAAAUCUCUCGCAUCCACUAGCGCGCCAAUCACUUGGGCAUCCAGUGCCGUUGAGGCCGAGCAAGAUCUUUUUCUGGAAAUUUUCAAUGCCUUCUAGAUCUCCCUGAGGGAUUUGCACAGAUAACCGCAAAAUCUACGACAGGGUCCAGUGGCUCCAACCUGUGGAAAAGUCUACACAGUAUGCGCACAGAAAAUACUACCUGACAUGACUCUACAAGUACGAGUCAUGCGAGCGUACCACCGAUCUCGGCGGAAUGUGGAUGAGAAAGGGCUUGGGUGUCCUCCAAAACCAAGCUUUGAACAACCCUCUUGAUUUUUAAGUUAACGGUUCAACAGGCGAAACCCGAGAUAGAUCGUCGUGCCAUGGGGCCAUCAUGGCUGUCGGGUGCAUUGGGAGACUGGGGCGAUCUCCCGGUACGAGCCCUAACAGUACUUGGAUGACGCCUAGCCAGGCCAUCGGAAGGUUUACCAAAUUCUCGGUCCGCAACGAUCUCAGGGUACACCUCCCUAUUGGACAUCCAUAGAUGUUUGUGUGCUGUCGCCUUCAACGGCGGUGAGGGUAUCAGCGUUUACGAGGCUGUGGAGCCCGCCCCAUACACGGCAAUUCCUUUAGAGAUGAGCGCAGGCCGGCAGGAAAAACUCUGUUCAGACCUCAAAGGUUAGGCACAGAGGGCACGACAGCCACGAGUACGGUGCUUCACAAGGUCGGUUAUUGCUGGUGACUGAACGCCGCCGGCAGAGGCUCCAUACUUACUGUCCUAGACACACAAAUGCAAACACAAAGCGACAUCAUGACAAGGUGUGAGGUAGAGGAGAACCAUAGAUCUCGACCAUUUGGUAACCACGGGUGACUCAUUUCAUUAGCCAAUCUGUUCUUGUAAUGCAAACACAUACAAGUACGAGUAGCUGAAACGCUUGCAAGACCAGGCCUCAAAACCGG